GUGUCGAACAACCAUCCCCGAGGAUCGCAGGAGGGUGACACAGUGCUGUCGAGAGGGUCGCGUUGGCGGGGCCGAGGGAUUUAUGGAACCACCCCAUGGAUAGUAACAUGUCAACUGCCGCCUUCGUGCAUCGGCCCGGUGGCUCCUCCAGCGCCUCAAGUGCUGGCACGGGAUCAUCGACCGGCGGAGGUCCUGGGAACCCGGCAGGAGGCGGCAGGAUGGCCGUCAUUGGCGUGACUAGACACGUGCGUCUGAGGCGUCGCGGUAACGCCGGCUUCGGAUUCUCGUUACGGGGUGGACGCGAGUACGCGGCUGGUUUCUACGUCAGCGACGUCCAACCAGGCGGCGAAGCUCACAGGAAUGGAUUAAGGGUAGGCGAUCAGAUCUUGCGGGUGAACGGUUACCCGGUGGAGGACGCGGUGCAUCAGGAAGUCGCGCUCCUGGCGAAGAACCAGCAAGUGCUGGUUCUCAAAAUCCGAAGCGUAGGGAUGAUACCCGUGAAGGACAAUCCGAACGAUCCGGUUACCUGGCACAUGGUGCAGCAACAACAACAGCAACUGCAGUACAACGAAACAGGUUUAGGCGGUGUACCGAGCACAGAAGUCAGAAUUCGGAUCCUCGUCGGCGAGAAGGGCCGCCUGGGCUGCGGAGUUUGCAGAGGCAUCGUACCCGGUCUCACCGUUCAGGGCACGAGGGAAGGCGGGCCCGCGCGCGCGGCAGGCCUAAAGGCCGGCGACGUAAUAAUCUGGUGCAAUGGUCAGCGACUCACCGAUCUUCCGUUCGAACGGGCGAUUGAGGUGAUGCGCAGCUCGGCGAUCCUCGACCUCGUGGUGCAACGACCCGCACCCCCGAAUCACCUCUAUGACUGUCCCGAGCCCCUGUGGACGCGCGGUUCCAGCGGCUACGACUCCGAGACGUCCAGCAUGGUGGCCGCCAGUCCCCCGCCACAGCAUCCGAACAAUCCGUCAUCUUCGCCGCAGCAUCAUCAGCAUCACGACAGGAUGCAUCAACGGUAUCCGCGCGACGAUGCCUGCAACAGAAACGGCAGGAUAUGCUGCCCCCUUGCCCUCUCGACCAGCAGCUGCAGUUCCUCCACGGAAUGGGCGCACGUGGAUCAGGCGCCGGAAUGGACGCGAAAACCGAAUAACACGACCGUAAUUCGUGUUAAUCAGAGCUCGAACCAGAAUCAGAACCAGAACCAGAACCACCGGCCUAUACCGGGAGGGCAGUAUCACUUCAACUUGCGCGGCAAUUAUGAGGAUGACAUCGACAACGAGCCACUUUACGACCCCGUGGCGCCCAGGAUCGACUACGAGGUGCACGAUUUCGAUGCGAAUCCGCGGGACGAGGCAAAUCGGCGGCUGGCUUAUCGUCGGGAUAAUGCGAGGCAGCAGGACGUGAUUUACGACGGGCCCGCGGACGACUUGCCCAUGUACCACGGCUCCAAAGAGAACGGCCAAGCGAUCGGUAAUCGAUUGGCGGACCUGCAACUCAUGCAGAGGCAGAGCGAGGCCGAGAGGAAGACGAUAACGACCGUCGAGGUGCAUCAGUCAGUUUGUCCACCUGCGCCGCCGCCGCCGCUUCCCUACAAAUGGCCAGCAGAGGCCAAACCGAUGAACGCCAUGGGCAUGCAAAUGGGCAGCACCAUGUCAAUGGGCAGCACCGGCUCGACGGAGACCGAGUCGAGCCUCGAGUCGUCCUGCAGCAAAGAUUCCGCUUCGACGUCGUCAUCUCUGUCGACUUCGUCCUGCGAGCCGGCGUCCACCGUCUCAUACGGAUCGGCGAGUGGCGGCGGUUCCAACAGCAUCACGAGCAAAACGACGGAGACUUCGACGGCCGCAUAUGCAACACCGCGCAAGGACGCCGUUAGAACCUCGCCAAUCGUUAGCACCGAUCUGAGCACCGCUAUCACGCAGGAGCUGCAGAGGCGAGCGCAGCAGAGGAUGAACAACGCCGCUAAGGCGGAAGCGCCAAAGGAAAAGGCUCCGGAUAGCCGCAAGCCUCAGAAUCCAGAAGCCCUGAGGUCGCAGGAGCAAAAAGUCACACAUGAUAAGCUGAUGGAGGAGUUCAAGCGUGCACACCAAAAGAUGUUCAAUUCCGUUCAGCAAAAGGCGCAGUCGUCGGAUCAAGUUUCCGAGAAGGAACAAGAAAAAAGAGUGCUCAACGUUCAGGCCUCGACAGCGACGACGACCACAACGAUAACAACAACGACAACGACGACGACGACGACGACGACGGGCACUUCGGCGCCACCGCCGGCGCCUCCUCCGUUUCCGCUUCUCUCCAAGAAGCGGGGCAACGACGACGCAGUCGAGAUGCAAAGCAUCGAGUCGUUCAAACUGAAGGAGAUGCCCAGCACAGUGCCGAAGCCACCGUCGACGUAUUUUCCGAUAACGAGCCCGUCCUCAAGCGGAAGUCCGCGCCACGGUGCCGUGACGAAGGCAGCCGGUGGUAAGGACGCUGCGACGAGCCCUGUUGCGGAACUCGUGAAGAUUUCGCCGUCGUCGGUCUCGCCAACCAACGUCGCCCAGUCCGCGAAGUCGAACAGCAAGGUGGCCAUCAGGAUAGGGGCGUACGAGGGUGAAGCCAAGCAGCCAUCCAGACUGGAAUUCUUGCCGCAGCAGACGAACCGCGACAAGAGCGACGACGCGGCCAACAGUCCAGUCGUGUCCAGGCUGCAGAAUGAGCUCGCCGCGACCCUACAGAGAUCGAACCUCAGAAGAAAGACUGAAGGGGAAAAUUCGUCGCCCGUGAAGAAUAUGCCUGAGAACGCGACGUCCAGCAGCGAUACAACGAAUACGGAACUCAGCAAGGUUCCCCAGGGUAACGUCGAGAAGCUCGCGUCCGCCCUCAGCAACAAAGUCACCAUCAAAGUGAAUCCGGAUAACAGUAGUCGAUAAGAAACGUCAUACAAAAAUUGCAAUCGAUUCGCAAGAAAACGUAGGAACGGUUCUUGUACUUUCGUAAAUUUUGUACAUUUUUGCACGUUUCGCUAACCACUUCGAUUUUUAUUAUAAGAGUGAAAGAGACGCUCCCGCUAUUGGUGAGGUUCUUUUACACACUUAUACAUUUUUUAUAUCUUAUUUAUUCGUAUUAUACAUACGCUGAAAAGAGAAGCGAGGGAGCUGACUCUUAUUAAUCGAGACGAGGUUUCACGACCAGUAUUUACCACGUAGUCCCUGUCUUAAAAUGUAAUCUACUGCGAUCGCGGCUAUAUACGAAUCUUAAUGAAAAAUUCGACAAGCAGUUGAAUUUUUAAAUAAAAACGAUGAUACGC